GUUGUGUUUACAGAUUCGUUAUGUGCAACCUAACAAUUGAAGAGCAUGUUUAAAAGUGUGUGAUUUUGCAGAACAGCUCUUAGCAAAACAUGAAACUUUGCCAGAUACAGGCAGAUAAAGACUUGCAAAUUAAAUCAAAGGGCAAUACGAGUAUGGCGUCCACAACAGCAGAAACACCAUAUCAAAACAGUAAAAAAGAACAAAUAGAAAAUGUUAACGUUGAAAAAAAUACAAAUGGUAGUGCCAAAAAUCAAAAGCAUAGUGAUGCAACAAUAUCAUUUUUACGUGCUGCUCGCAGUGGAGACCUUCCUAAGGUACUUGAAUUUAUCGAAGAGGGGCUAAUUACGGAUAUCAACACUUGCAAUGCGAAUGGAUUGAAUGCCCUCCAUCUGGCAGCGAAAGAUGGUUUCGUGGACAUUUGCGCCGAACUGCUAAAGCGAGGAAUUAAGGUGGACAGUGCCACAAAGAAGGGAAAUACCGCACUUCAUAUCGCAUCUUUGGCGGGACAAAAUCAGGUUAUAAAGCAGCUUAUACAGUACAAUGCUAAUGUAAAUGUGCAAUCGCUUAACGGAUUUACACCGUUGUAUAUGGCCGCGCAGGAGAAUCACGAUGUCUGCUGUCGUCUGCUGUUAAGCAAGGGGGCCAAUCCAUCGCUGGCCACCGAGGAUGGCUUCACUCCACUAGCCGUAGCCAUGCAACAGGGUCACGACAAGGUAGUGGCCGUCUUAUUGGAGAGUGACGUGCGCGGCAAGGUUAGAUUGCCUGCAUUGCACAUUGCGGCCAAAAAGAAUGAUGUAACUGCAGCUACACUGCUGCUCCAACACGACAAGAAUGCUGACAUUGUGUCGAAGUCCGGAUUCACGCCACUCCACAUUGCCGCACAUUAUGGGAACGUUGACAUAGCUAGUCUGCUCCUCGUCAACGGAGCAGAUGUCAAUUAUACGGCAAAGCACAACAUAACGCCUCUGCAUGUUUCCUGCAAGUGGGGUAAAGAGGCUGUAUGUAAUCUUUUGUUGGAAAAACAUGCACGCAUCGAUGCCACCACCCGCGAUGGCCUUACCCCGCUGCAUUGCGCAUCACGCUCUGGCCAUGUCGACGUCAUACAGUUACUUCUCAAUAACAAUGCGCCAAUUUUGUCAAAGACCAAGAACGGAUUGUCUGCAUUGCACAUGUCAGCGCAGGGAGAACACGAUGAGGCAGCUCGCUUGUUGCUGGAUCAUAAAGCACCUGUCGACGAAGUAACUGUGGACUAUCUUACAGCUUUGCAUGUCGCCGCUCACUGCGGUCAUGUUAAAGUGGCUAAACUGUUGCUUGACUAUGGAGCGAAUCCCGAUUCGCGUGCACUCAACGGCUUCACACCUCUUCAUAUUGCCUGUAAGAAGAAUCGCAUUAAAGUUGCCGAAUUACUUCUCAAGCACGGCGCGAAUAUUGGUGCCACCACCGAGUCAGGACUGACACCAUUACAUGUAGCUAGUUUUAUGGGUUGCAUGAACAUUGUAAUUUAUUUACUGCAACAUCAGGCCAACCCGGAUAUACCUACUGUGCGUGGAGAGACUCCUCUACAUCUCGCAUCGCGUGCUAAUCAGACGGACAUUAUACGGAUUUUGCUUCGUAAUGGCGCUCAGGUGGAUGCAGUUGCUCGAGAAGGUCAAACGCCAUUACAUGUGGCCUCUCGUCUUGGAAACGUUGACAUUAUAAUGCUUAUGCUACAGCAUGGGGCUAAGGUUGACGCUCGCACUAAGGAUAUGUAUACGGCACUGCAUAUUUCAGUUAAGGAGGGUCACGAUGAAGUAUGCCAACUGUUGAUCGAGAAUGGGGCUCAGCUAGAUAUUGUGACUAAGAAGGGAUUUACACCGCUGCACUUGGCCAGCAAGUACGGAAAGGAACGAGUGGCCGCUUUGUUAAUUGAGAAAGGAGCGAAUAUAGAUUGCCAGGGCAAGAACGAUGUAACUCCAUUGCAUGUGGCCACUCAUUACAAUCAUCAGCAGGUGGUAUCGCUCCUGAUUAAAGAGGGUGCCUCGACUCAAAUAAGCGCUCGCAACGGUCACAGUGCUCUGCAUAUUGCUGCAAAAAAGAAUAAUCUAGACAUAGCUCAGCAGCUACUCGAGAACAAUGCGAAUGCGAAUGCGCUAAGUAAAUCUGGAUUUUCACCAUUACAUCUGGCUUCCUUGGAGGGUCACAUGGAGAUGGUGCAACUGCUACUUGAUCAUCAAGCUAAUCCUAAUAUUGCAGCCAAAAAUGGACUCACUCCAUUGCACUUAGCGUCGCAAGAAGGACAUGUUGAAGUUUCGAGAAAUCUGCUAGAGCAUGGUAGUCACAUUGCAGAACGAACUAAGGCCGGAUAUACACCUCUUCAUAUUGCAGCCCAUUACAACCAAAUCAAUCAAAUCAAGUUUCUUCUCGAAAAUGAUGCGAACAUCGAAAUGAAAACAAAUAUAGGAUACACACCACUUCAUCAGGCAGCUCAACAGGGCCACACCAUGGUGAUCAACCUGUUAUUACGACAUAAAGCCAAUCCCGAUGCACUUACCAAUAAUGGACAAACAGCAUUAAAUAUCGCUCACAACUUAGGCUAUAUAACCGCUGUGGAAACACUCAAAGUCGUAACGCAAACGUCCUUAAUAAAAACAAUGACGGGUGUGAUUGAGGAAAAAUUCACAGUAGUGGCACCUGAAUUUAUGCACGAAACACUUAUAUCCGAUUCUGAAGACGAGGGCGGCGAUGAUCUUUUAGAUCACAAUCAAUACAAAUACAUGGCGACAGAUGAUUUAAAAACAACCAAUGAAAACGAUAAUCAAAAUUUUGACACCACAAACAUCACAGUCAUUUCGGAACAUGAUCAACUAGACGGCUUAGGCGGAUCAGCUUUCGAAAAGGAUGACUCCAAAAGAACGGAGACUAAUUUAAAUUAUACGGAAUCUAACGACAUCUUAAUGGAGAAGCAAACUGACAAUAUUGUUAUCGUUCGACCUCCGGUACAUCUGGGAUUUCUGGUAUCGUUUCUAGUGGAUGCUCGCGGCGGAUCAAUGCGUGGCUGUCGUCAUAGUGGGGUGAGAAUAAUUGUACCACCAAAGGCGUGUGCUGAGCCAACGCGCAUUACAUGUCGGUAUGUGAAGCCACAAAGGGUAGCAAAUCCCCCACCACUUAUGGAAGGGGAGGCGCUUGUGAGUCGCAUUUUGGAAAUGACACCAGUCGAAAGCAGGUUCCUAAGUCCCAUUGUACUGGAGGUCCCUCAUUUUGGUUCGCUACGUGAAAAGGAACGAGAGAUAAUAAUUUUGCGGUCAGAUAAUGGAGAGAAUUGGCGCGAGCAUAGUGCCUACGAAAACGAAAACCAUUUACUGGAAGCACUGAGCAAUAUGAUCGAUGGAGGAGAGGUAAACCCUUUGGAGGAUCUACACACUAGUCGCAUCGUACGCAUUGUUACGCUGAUUGUCCCACAUUUCUUUGCUGUUGUGUCACGGGUGAGACAGGAGGUGCAUCCAAUCGGACCAGAUGGCGGAACGGUCUUCUCAACCGCUGUACCCCAGGUACAGGCGAUAUUUCCACCGCAUGCAUUGACUAAAAAAAUUCGAGUCGGUCUUCAGGCACAACCAGUUGACUUAAUUGGUUGCUCCAAACUGCUUGGUCAAGGCGUUGCUGUUUCACCAGUUGUUACGGUUGAGCCACGUCGUCGCAAGUUCCACAAGGCGAUCACGUUGAGCAUUCCCGCACCGAAAGCAUGUAAGCAAGGCAUGGUUAAUAUGCCGUAUGACGGAACAAAUGGAAAUUCCAAUUCGCCAACAUUGCGACUACUUUGCUCUAUUACCGGUGGUCAGAACCACGCUGUAUGGGAGGAUGUGACUGGGUCAACUCCACUGGCUUUUGUCAAGGAUAGCGUCAGUUUCACAACCACAGUAUCAGCUCGAUUUUGGCUAAUGGAUUGCCGCAAUGUCGCUGACGCAAGCCGCAUGGCUACUGAGCUGUACACAUGUAUGGCCCAGGUGCCGUUUAUAGUUAGAUUUGUGGUAUUUGCAAAACGUAUUUCAGCAAUGGAAGCAAAACUCUCCGUUUUUUGCAUGACCGAUGAUAAGGAGGAUAAAACGCUGGAGCAUCAAGAGUAUUUUACUGAAGUGGCAAAGAGUCGAGAUGUCGAGAUAUUGCAGGAUCAAAAUAUUUACCUUGAGUUCGCUGGUAAUCUAAUACCUGUGCUAAAAGCUGGUGAACAACUUUACACAAAUUUUCAGGCAUUUCGUGAGAAUCGACUAUCCUUCAUUGUUCACAUUAAGGACCAAGAAGAUCCUUACGCUCGCGUCUGUUUCAUGAACGAGCCAAAAGUUGGCGCCGGUGCAGCGCCGUUGCAACCCAUUUGUGCUUUGAAUGUCUCUCUGAAUGCUGUUAACUCGACCCAAAAUGUUAAUGAGCAAAUACUCCAAGAGGAAAACUGCACUGGAAAUGGAAAUUUAAGAACUUUGGAUAUUCGAAAUGCUAAACCACAAAGAAAUGGAAACGAACAAAACCAACUGAAAGUAAAUGCGAUUAACCAAAAAGAUAUGAUAAAUGCCGAAAUAAAGGCUAACUCAACGAUACCUCAGAAAUUGCAUGAGGAAAUUCAGCGCGCCGACAUUACACUUUCAGAUAUAUCGAAUCUUCUUGGUAGUGAGUGGCCGCAACUUGCUAAGGAACUGGGUGUUUCCGAGACCGACAUCGACCUAGUCAAAGCGGAGUAUGCGAAUCAGGCAUUGGCACAUCAAAGUCUGGUUAUGCUACGCCUCUGGUUAAAUCAGGAGGGUGUUCGCGCCACCGGUAACGCCAUGGCCCAGGCAUUGAAUCGUAUUGGGAGAAAUGAUAUUGUAGAUAUGUGCAUUUUUAAUCUUCAGCCUGUCACUGACAAGGUGGAGCACGGUAUGGCCACGGCGAGAAUCCAACAACAAAACGUUGAGCUUAUGCCUGUAUGCCAUUCGGCAGAUUUGCCUGAUUUAACACGAAACAUUGAUAUACUCAAACAUGAACCUUUUACAAAUUUUGAAAAUGACAACGAUGAACGAAAAAAUACUAAACAAUCUGUGUCAACUGAUUUCAAUGGCGACGAUGAAGCACCCAUGCACCCGAUUAAGCAACAGAAAAUCAUUAAGUUACAAGAUGCUCAUCCCGUCAUUGAAACUAUGGCCUUUGCAGUGGUUGAAGAUAUUUCUGUUGCAGCCGAAGAUGCUCUACUAAAGUCCCUAGCCGAUAAAUGCAACUUGCCUCUCGAACCGAAUGUGUUGCAGAAUAUCAAUAUUGACAGCUGUAAUAACGGUGACAUCAACGAACAGGAACAACAGAGGCAUAUCAGUACAGAACAGGAGCAAUAAUUAGAGAAAUAGUUUAUAUACAAAAAUACCGUCGUCAUACAUACAUAUUUUUAUUUUAUUUAAUAUAAUUUUUUUCGUAUUUAUCUACCUUUUUUAAACUUGCAAUCGAGGUUAAUGUAGUAUACAGUCUUUUAGACUGAUGAAUGUUGAUAAACUAUUUUAUCCGUGACUAUUGUCGAAAGUCAAAACAUUUUGACUCUUGAAACGAUAACUUCAAAUAUUUUUCAAUUACUCAACACAAUGAAUGUUUUUAAUUACUUAUCUAAAUUAUUUAUAUCCCAGUAUUCGAAUUUCGAAUGGCUUCGCAAUACUUUUUCGAGUUGAAAAUUGUAAUCAACCUAUUAAUUAAAUAAAUUGUUGAAUUCUAACAAUGCUAAUCUGUACUUCAUAUAUUG